AGUUCCACUCCUGGAUAGAGGCACAUCUCAGGCCACCCGUCCCUUGUCCGCGUGGCCCUCCCUCCCCGCAGCCAUGUCCCGGCCCCUGUCAGAUCAGGAGAAGAGGAAGCAAAUCAGCGUGCGUGGCCUGGCUGGCGUGGAGAAUGUGACUGAGCUGAAAAAAAACUUCAAUCGGCACCUGCACUUCACACUGGUCAAGGACCGCAAUGUGGCCACACCUCGAGAUUACUACUUUGCACUGGCCCACACUGUGCGUGACCACCUCGUGGGCCGCUGGAUCCGCACACAGCAGCACUACUAUGAAAAGGACCCUAAGAGGAUCUACUAUCUGUCCCUGGAGUUCUACAUGGGCCGCACACUGCAGAACACCAUGGUGAACCUGGCCUUGGAGAAUGCCUGCGAUGAGGCCACCUACCAGCUGGGCCUAGACAUGGAGGAGCUGGAAGAAAUUGAAGAAGACGCUGGACUGGGCAACGGGGGCUUGGGCCGGCUGGCAGCCUGUUUUCUAGACUCCAUGGCAACCCUGGGCCUGGCUGCCUACGGCUAUGGGAUCCGCUAUGAGUUUGGGAUUUUUAACCAAAAGAUCUGUGGGGGCUGGCAGAUGGAAGAAGCAGAUGACUGGCUACGCUAUGGCAACCCCUGGGAGAAGGCCCGGCCUGAAUUCACACUGCCUGUGCACUUCUAUGGCCGCGUGGAACACACCAGCCAAGGGGCCAAGUGGGUAGACACACAGAUAGUGCUGGCCAUGCCCUACGACACACCGGUGCCCGGCUACCGCAACAACGUGGUCAACACCAUGCGCCUCUGGUCGGCCAAGGCGCCCAAUGACUUCAACCUCAAGGACUUCAAUGUCGGCGGCUACAUCCAGGCCGUGCUGGACCGCAACCUGGCAGAGAACAUCUCUCGAGUCCUGUACCCCAACGAUAAUUUCUUCGAGGGCAAGGAGCUGCGGCUGAAGCAGGAAUACUUUGUUGUGGCGGCCACCCUGCAGGACAUCAUCCGGCGCUUCAAGUCCUCCAAGUUUGGCUGCCGGGAUCCUGUGCGCACAAACUUCGACGCCUUCCCGGAUAAGGUGGCCAUCCAGCUCAACGACACUCACCCCUCGCUGGCCAUCCCUGAGCUCAUGAGGAUUCUCGUGGACCUGGAACGGCUGGGAUGGGACAAGGCCUGGGAAGUAACGGUGAAGACGUGCGCUUACACCAACCACACGGUGCUGCCUGAGGCGCUGGAGCGUUGGCCGGUGCACCUCAUGGAGACGCUGCUGCCACGCCACCUCCAGAUCAUCUAUGAGAUCAACCAGCGCUUCCUCAACCGCGUGGCGGCUGCAUUCCCAGGGGACGUUGACCGGUUGCGGCGCAUGUCGCUGGUGGAGGAGGGUGCAGUGAAGCGCAUCAACAUGGCACACCUGUGCAUCGCCGGCUCACAUGCGGUCAACGGCGUGGCCCGCAUCCACUCCGAGAUCCUCAAGAAGACCAUUUUCAAAGACUUCUACGAGCUGGAGCCUCAUAAGUUCCAGAACAAGACCAACGGCAUCACCCCCCGGCGUUGGCUGGUGCUGUGUAACCCCGGGCUGGCAGAGGUCAUUGCCGAGCGCAUCGGGGAGGAGUACAUCUCAGACCUGGACCAGCUGCGCAAACUGCUCUCCUACGUGGAUGACGAAGCCUUCAUCCGGGAUGUGGCCAAAGUGAAGCAGGAAAACAAGCUGAAGUUCGCUGCUUACCUGGAGAGGGAAUACAAAGUUCACAUCAACCCCAACUCGCUGUUCGACGUCCAGGUGAAGCGGAUCCAUGAGUAUAAACGGCAGCUGCUCAACUGUCUGCACGUCAUCACGCUGUACAACCGCAUCAAGAAGGAGCCCAACAAGCUUUUCGUGCCUCGGACCGUGAUGAUUGGAGGGAAGGCUGCGCCUGGGUACCACAUGGCCAAGAUGAUCAUCAAGCUCAUCACGGCCAUUGGGGACGUGGUGAACCAUGACCCCGUGGUGGGAGACCGCCUCCGUGUCAUCUUCCUGGAGAACUACCGGGUCUCACUGGCUGAGAAAGUGAUCCCGGCCGCUGACCUGUCCGAGCAGAUCUCCACGGCGGGGACUGAGGCCUCAGGCACCGGGAACAUGAAGUUCAUGCUCAAUGGUGCACUGACCAUUGGCACCAUGGAUGGCGCCAACGUGGAGAUGGCGGAAGAGGCGGGAGAGGAGAACUUCUUCAUCUUUGGCAUGCGGGUGGAAGAUGUGGACAGGCUUGAUCAGAGAGGGUACAACGCCCAGGAGUACUAUGACCGUAUCCCUGAGCUGCGGCAGAUCAUCGAGCAGCUGAGCAGUGGGUUUUUCUCCCCGAAGCAGCCAGACCUGUUCAAGGACAUCGUCAACAUGCUCAUGCACCACGACCGGUUUAAAGUCUUUGCAGAUUAUGAAGACUACAUCAAAUGCCAGGAGAAAGUCAGUGCGCUGUACAAGAACCCCCGAGAGUGGACGCGGAUGGUGAUCCGGAACAUAGCCACCUCGGGUAAGUUCUCCAGUGACCGCACCAUCGCCCAGUAUGCUCGCGAGAUCUGGGGCGUGGAACCUUCGCGACAGAGACUGCCAGCCCCGGAUGAGAAGAUCUGAGCCACCAGAGCGGAUCCCAAACUGGCCCUCCCCGCCCUCAGUCUGCAGGCCUCCUCAUCCGCAGCACAGAGGGCCUGCAGUUAAGAGUUCUCAAUCCCUUCCUGGAGUUCCCCCACCCCCAGCGUCAAGAUCCCCACGUCCCGGUGCCUGGGGACACGGUGCCCCCUCUUGUUUAUGGGCUCUGACCAACUGCACCCACUCCCCAAUAAACAGAACCUCCUUAGGA